AGCCGAGAGAGCUAUCCAGGCCAAUAUCCACAGCCCAAACCAUUACACAUAAUUCUGUCUUCAUCAGUGAUGACAUCAUAUUGAUUGUGUAAUUGAUUACACUGAACAGAGACUAAGUGGCUCUCAGUAAUAGAAAAAAUGAGGCUUCUGCACAAAAGAUCUUUGGCUUUGUUGAGGGCCUCUGGAGGUGCCAGAAAAUAUGUCUCCACUCUGUCCCCUUUGGGAUCUGUGUUCAACUCCAUUCCAACACCCAAAAAGUCAGAGUGGUUCUUUAGUAACAGAGAAAAUAAGGGGCUGCUACUGAUACCUGAGCUGAAAUCCUUCCAGGGAUUUGACAUUCUCCGCCAUGAAGUGGAGUAUAAAGUGGAGACACUGGUGGAAGAGGCCCUUUCUCCACGACGGAAACGGAAAAUUGUCACCAUAUUUGAUGAGAUAUCCAACAGUCUCUGUUGUGUGGCAGACCUGGCAGAAUUUGUCCGAGUAUCCCAUCCUAAUCGUGAUUAUCAGCUGGCAGCAGAGUAUGCUGUUGUUAACUUGUCCAAUGUUGUAGAGAGUUUGAACACCAACACAGCAAUAUACAAUGUUCUGAAAGAGGCCCUAGAAAAGGGAGAGGAUGUGUUACCUAUGGAUGCUGUAGAUAAACGUGUGGGGGAGCUGUUUAAGUUUGACUUUGACUUGAGUGGCUGCCAUCUCUCAGAGGACAAGAAGAACAUAUAUUUGAAGUUGUCAGAGAAUGUGAUUAUGACUGGUAAUAUGUUUAUGGAAGGAUGUCAGUCUUCAGCCAUAAUUCCCAAAGACAGACUACCAGAACACCUCCAAUACUGUUUUAACUUGGAGGGGGAUGAUGCAGUAAUUAGUGGGGCUCACUUAGACCACUGGAAUGAUCAGGUACGAGAGGCGGCCUAUAGAGUAUACCACUAUCCUAACGAGAGUCAAGUCAAACUCCUGGAUGCUCUCAUUUUAAAUCGUCAUAAGUUAGCCACCCUAGCUGGAUUUCCAACAUAUGCUCAUCGGGCGUUGAAGGGAACUCUAGCAGAAACACCAGAAAUGGUGAUGGAUUUUCUAAAUGCUCUGUCAGAAAGGAUAAAACCAUUGGCAGACAGUGAAUACAAAGAACUGCUGAAACUGAAGAAAGAGAGAGGAUCAACCAGUGAUGUGGUUCUGAGACCUUGGGACACCCCCUACUACUCAGCACUUGGCAGACACCUCAAGUACGAUAUCAGCGGUGAUGAGAUCGCCCCCUAUUUUUCCCUGGGUAACUGUAUGGAGGGGAUAAAUAUAGUCCUGAAGAGUUUGUAUGACGUGUCUCUACAGACAGUAGAGCCGCAGUGUGGAGAACUCUGGUCUGAUGAUGUUUAUAAGCUGGCAGCGGUCCACAGCACAGAAGGAGUCCUGGGUUAUAUCUAUUGUGACUUGUUUGAGAGACAGGGGAAACACAUAAUGGACUGUCACUGUACAAUACAUGGAGGGCGAGAACAGGACGAUGGUUCCUACCAGCUCCCUAUCGUGGUCCUGAACUGUAACCUGACCCGCCCCCAGAAUAACGUCCCCACGCUUCUGACCCCUGGACUCAUGAGGAAUCUCUUCCAUGAGUUUGGACAUGCUAUGCAUUCCAUGCUUGGAAGGACAAAGUAUCAACAUGUCACAGGAACAAGGUGCCCUACAGAUUUUGCUGAAGUUCCUUCAGAAUUUAUGGAAUUCUUUGCUACUGAUCCCAGAGUGAUAAGUUUGUUUGCUCGUCAUUUUCGCACAGGGGAACUCCUACCUCUGGAUGCCAUUGAGAAAUUUUGUAAAGCAAGCAAUAUGUAUUCAGCUUCAGAAAUGCAGCUCCAGAUUGUGUACUCAAUGCUGAGCCAGAAGUUACAUGGAGAAUACCCUCUAGGCAAAUCCACCACAGAGCUGUACGCAGAAAUCCACAACCAGUACAUGGGGGUGCCGUAUGUUGAAGGCACAGCUCCACACCUGCGGAUUGGUCAUUUGAAUGGCUACGGAGCCAGGUACUACUCUUACCUGAUGUCAAGAGCUGUGGCUUCUAAGAUCUGGCAGCAGUGCUUCAAGGAGGAUCCUCUAAACAGAGAAGUAGGGGAGAGAUUUAGGAGGGAGGUCUUGGCUUAUGGGGGAGAAAUUCCUCCCAAGGACCUAAUCAGUGGAAUGUUACAAAAACCUCUCACUAUAGAUGAUAUGGUAGACUCUUUAGUUGAAGAAAUGAAUAGCUGAUAGUGUCUAUAGCUAGAAUGAGGAUCAGGCUAAAGAAAAGAGUGAGGUCUGCCGAAGUAAAUGUCACUGCACAAGAUAAUUUGGAAUGGUUUGUGAAAGGUACCCUGUUUCGGUGCGGAUAUUAAAUGGAGGCAGUGCAAUGUGAAAGUUUAAACUAACAUAUUAUGAAAACACCAUGUAAAGAAUUACAUGGUUGUAUCCCUUAACUGUGAUAUUUCAGUGCAGCAUAUGUUCCUAAAUAUUUAUCAUAAACACUAUUACUGGAUGAAUGCUUUGACAUUUUAUUAAGUUUACAGUUUGCUAAAGAUAUAAAAGUUUGUCAGACAAUACAUACAUGUAUUUUACUCUAGACUACUAUGUACAAUUUGAAAUGUUGUAAGUCUGCAGUAUUUAAUGCCUUGUGAACGCUUGCCACAUUACUUACCAGUAAGGCAAUAAAACUUCACAUUAGUGGAUCAUAUCCUGUCUUGAGCAUUUCAACCAAUUGGUAUAUGAACUUCAAAAGUAUAACUCAAGGACCUAUUUUACAAAACCCAGUAUUGUAAUUUCUCUAGAUCUACAGAUAUUUUGAUGUUUUAAAAUGCCUUGUAUGUGUACAUGUAUUUAAAUAAAACUGUAUAGGUACAUGUAUUU